CGCAAGUCCUCUUCCUCUCGCGCUUCAGAGGACAAUGGCAUUAACAGCGGCGGCGGCGGCGGCGGCGGCAGCUUGCAGCCCCUUUGGAGCUCUUCCCUCCCCUCGACUUCUGCUGCGCCUAUGGAUCCUCCCUCCUUCCCUACCAAUAAUGACAAGACUUCUAUGGUGGAUUACAUUCUCGGUGUUCAAAACCCUCUUCAAUGGCAUCAAGAUAAUUUGGAGAGGAAUAGAGAUCAUUACUCCAAUUGUAUGGCUCGUCUCGGACCUAAAACGAUCACUCGGAUUUCCAAUGGGAUUGGUGUGGGAGUGUACUUUAAUCCAUUUGUGGAAUGGAGGGGCAAGAAGAUCAAAUAUGGUGUGGUGAGCAUGCAAGAUUUAGCUUGGGAUGUGUUGACUUGGGAAAAGUUUUACCUGAGUGGCCGCUUGCAAAAACCUGUUCAUUUUCUUGUAGAUAAUUGGGAGAUAAGCAAAGUGAACUCAAUUAAUCUGAAAGCUGCGACUUCUGCUGCAUUACUCUUUUUGCCUGAUGAGUUCACUGAGGAAGAUCUUUAUGGCAAGAUCUGCAGCCUUUCAUACAUGGGUGACUUGCGGAUGCUCUUUGCAGAGGAUAAGAAUAAGGUCAAGAAGAUCGUCCAAGGAAGUUUUAAUUCAUUCAGAGCAAUGUACAAACCUUUUUUAGAAGAGUAUGCAUCUGAAGGAUUGCUAAAAGUUUCUUCUUUCGCCCAUCAGAAAGUAUUUAAACAGGACUCUGGUUUGUCUGCAACAAGCCAUCUCUUCACUUCUCUUCCUUCAACAGUAUUAAAACAAGUGGCACCAAAGCUUGGUCUAAAGAAAUUAAUUGAUGAUUCAGGUGUUGUUUCUCCGAACAUUGUGAUUCAUUCAAGGGACAAGGUUAAGAACUCUAUGCACAAAGUUUUGAGACGCAUUGUUAUGAUUUCAAGCGCAAGGCAGGCAGUCUCUGGCCUAGUUGCUGCUGGUGGUGUUAACGCUGCUGUUUACCUUGCAAGGAAAAUUUCCAAGUCAUGGAGAUCAAGAACAACAUGA